AUGAAUCAAGUAUUACCAUUACAAGACGGUUUUGAAACUGAAGAAGUAUAUCAAUACUUAACAAAUGUAAGAAAAGAAUCACAACAAUUACAAUCUAUAGCAUAUAUAGAAAGACCGACUCAUCAAACCAAAUUGGUCAAAGAUCCAAGUUAUACGCUAUCAACUCUAGAACAACAACUAUUAUGUGAUUUUCAACAGUUAAAACAGUCAAUAACUAUAGUGAACUAUGAUUUUGAUUCUAAUUUCAACGAGUUACCUCAAUCAUUCCCUAAAUUUAAGAAAAAUUUUGAUUUUGAUCCACCUUCAAUUCAAUAUUUUUAUAAUAUUUCAAGAGUGCAUACAUUCAAAUUAUUACAUUUCAUAACUAAACUAUUAAGUAUUAAUACAGCACCAACAUUAUCCAAAUGGAUAUGGUCGUUAUUAGUUAGAAUAGAUUCUGUUAUUGAUGCUAAUGAAUGUAGUUUGAUUCGAGAUUUGGGUAAAAAAGCAAUAAAGAUAAGAAACAAAUGUAGGGAUUCGUUAAAUAAUCCACUCAACCCAAUAACAAUGUAUACUACAUCAUUUAUUAUCAUAAUAGUUGGUAAAUACUUUGGUCAACAUGAUUUAUUGUUAAAUGCUACCUGA